GAGUGUUAUUCUUCUUUGUAGCGGCUAAUUCGAAUCCAAAUCUCAUUCGAGUGAAAAUGUCCUGCUGUGGAGGAAACUGUGGAUGUGUAUCCUGUUGCAAAUGCGGCUCCGGCUGUGGAGGAUGCAAGAUGUACCCGGACACGAGGGAAAUGAGCUUUGUCGAGAAAUCCACAACUGAGACUCUUGUUCUUGGCGUGGCACCCCAGAAACCGCACUUUGAGGGAUCUGAGAUGGGAGUUGGGGCUGAGAACGGCUGCAAGUGUGGAGACAAUUGCACCUGCAACCCUUGCAACUGUAAAUGAGCCAAAGAU